AUGCCUUUACCAUUCUUGGAGAUAUGUACUUUACUGGAACGGCUCGAAGCAAUCGAGCUUCACCAACCUCCAUUGCUCAUCAGUGUCAGGGCUGUCAAGACCAAAGCUGUUGUCGAAAGCUGGUUCAAGUCUCAUCGCCGGCUUAUCGACGAGCUUGACGCCGCUGGAGGGACUGCAUUUCUCUCAACAUUGCUCCCCGAACAAAGAACGGAUCGUGUGUACAAUCUCCAGGCGACCUCGCUAUGCCGGACGCUAGGUCGUGUCCUGGGAUUGCCAGUCACCCGCAGGGCCGAUCUCGAGGCGUACAAGCAGCCCAAUUCCGGAGAUCUCGCCACAUGCCUCGAGCGAGUGAUGCAAGCUCGAGGCUACGCGCAUUCGAAGCAGUUUCCUGUCAGUGUGGAGGAAAUUGACGACGUACUCGCCACACUAGCGGGACACUCAAGGUUUUCCGAUCCUUCCAUGCCUAGGCCUCCUCCGGGCUCCGAUACUCGAGAAGCAGAACUGAAAGGUAUCAUUGAUCGAUCGAGCCCCGUGGAGGCGAAAUGGCUAGCUCGCUUGAUCUUAAAGUGUUUCAAACCGGCCAUCAUUGACGAAUCACUGAUUCUCAGGAGCUUUCAUUUCUUGCUUCCCGACUUGCUCCAGUUUCAGCACGACUUCAGGGCAGCCACGACGAUGCUCAAAGGCGAACUCAAGGGAUAUCAUGCGAACCCAGACCCGAGAUCACAGCAGCUCUUCAAGCUACAGGCGAGCGAGAGGCUGCGGCCGCAAGUGGGUACCAAAGUCGGUCGACCAACAUUCCACAAGGCCAGAUCACUGGACUACUGUGUCAAUACGAUGCUUGGUAACAAGGAGUGGGUGCUGGAGCGCAAAUAUGACGGAGAGUAUUGUGAGAUACACAUCGAUCUAACGAAAUCAAGUGACCGGGCCCAGUGUGUCAAGAUUUUCUCCAAAAGCGGCAAAGACUCGACGGCAGACCGCAAGGGCCUUCUCUCAACUCUGGUCGAAUGUCUACGCUUGGGUAAAUCUAAUUGUAAGAUCAAGCAGCGAGCCAUUUUGCUAGGGGAGCUUGUCAUAUUUUCCGACCAAGACGACCGCGUUCUACCUUUCGAGAAGAUCAGAAAGCACGUCACACGAUCAGGUACACUCAUUGGCACAGCCGCUGACUCUCAAGCACAUGUUCAUGAGCACCUUGCCAUCGUUUUCUUUGAUUUACUGCUCCUGGAUGAUGAAGUGGUCAUGAACAAGUCAGUCCAGGAGCGUCGGUUCUGGCUACGAGAGGUCUACAAGAAGAAGCAUGGUCGGGCUAUGGGUGCCGAGUGGACAUUGGUUGAUUUUGCCACGCCGAGAGCUAGGCACCGGCUUGGUGAACAAUUUGCAAUGUCAAUCGCUCAACGAUGCGAGGGUUUGGUUUUGAAGCCUUGUGGAGUGCCGUACUUCUCCAUGGGUGCCAAUAACAACGACUACCAACGCAGCUUUAUCAAGAUGAAGAAAGACUACAUCGAAGGACUGGGAGACGAGGAAGAUUUUGCUGUUAUUGGUGCAGGCUACAACGCUCAGCAGGCUCUCACAGGCGUCAGCAAGGCGGUGAAGUGGACAACGUACCACCUUGGCUGUCUCGUCAACAAGGACGAUGUUCGCAGGAACAACGCACGACCUGUCUUCAAACACGUCGGAACGAUCGACCAAGAGCAUUGCAUUCCCAAAGCUGUGCUCGAAGCUGCAAACUCGGUUGGUAGGUUUUUAGAACAGCCAUUUGCUCAMYCUGACCCUCCAAAGAGUUUUGACAUUGAAUCUUCACCUCCUCCGAAGAUGAGCGUAGUAUUCGACAAGCCUUUGGUUUUCGAGGUGCUUGGUUCUGGAUUUGAGCAACCGUCCAAUUGCAACUAUUUAAUGCUACSACAUCCAAGGGUAAAAAAGUUUCACCAGGACCGUACCUGGUUGGACUGCGUCAGCUUCCAAGAACUACAGACCCACGCCAGGGUCUCGCGAGAGGCGCCUCCGGACUCCGAAACUCAAGAAACUCGAAGGUGGUUGGACAGACUCGAGGGCAGCUGCAAGAAYAAGGUCGAGAGGCAGACCACGCUUUCACCGAGGAAGAGAUCGUCCGGAAACACAUCGACACCAAGAACAUCCAUAGCCAGCUCUUCCGUUCAACUGGCCAGUCCCGCAAAGCGAUUACCUGGCCGUGCUAUCUCAGCAGCCUCCGUGCCCGACUCUUCGUCACGCUCUUCUGACCCUAACAGCUCUCCUCUACACCGCCCGCGCUUAACAGAGCGGCAGCAGUCGGCAGUUAAAAGAUCACACGAGGAGUUGGGUGAGGUGCAGCGUCCGCAAGUCAAGCGACAGCGAACAGAUCCCCAGCAGAUCAAGAACAUCGAAGCACUUCCUCCAAAGUCAUCUUCGCCAUUGAUCGAGCUGUCCAACAAUGUUCGGUCUUAUCACGACCAUGCUCGAGCGCAGAGCUGCAGAACAAACCGCCACUCAACGGCCAUUGCGACUCUAACCAGAAAACUGGUCUCACUUGUCUGUCCAACCACUUGCAGUAGCCAGCGUGCUUCACAAAAUACGUCAGUCGCCGUGUGCAAGUGCAGCCGUUGUGCCUUUUCGAACACCGUGGUCGUUCUGGCACCGUGCAUUGCAGCAAUGCCAUAUGUGGUUGAGAACUUGUUAGCUACACACCAUGCUACCAUCGCCACGGAUUUAUCGUACUGGGAUCGCGACUCGUUUUCUCAUCCUCGUCACAGCGAGACAGUCUCGGAGAGUCAAUCGUAUCCCGGCAUGAGAAAAGUGGUACUCGUGGAAAGGAAGAGGUUGCCGCAGCUUCGAGACAUGGUUCGGGAGAUUCAGGAGCUCAAUAACGGAAGGUUCGCGGAGAGGGUGGAGGUUUACGAUUGGAGAGUCUUGGAAGACUGCUCAAAGCACGAGAAAGGGGCAGAGUGUUUGAAGCGGCAUUUUAUUGGUGCGACUUUGUUUGAUGAUACCCAGAAGAAAGCGCUGUUUGUUGCGGAGAGUGGAACUGGAUAUUUGGAGGCACAAACCUGA